GUUCGCCAGCCAAUCAGCUCACUCACACGCUUCUUUUUGGUUGUGGGACCCAACAAUAAUCUCUAACAACCAAUCACGGCCUCCUGAUGCUAUUUGUUGCCUUAGACACGUGUAACCGGCGACCGAUUUUCAUCUUAAUCCAUCAUGAUUGCCCUCCGCCCGGGAUUAUUUCCGGUUUCUUUUCUAGAGAGAGAGAAUAUAGAUGAAGAGAUAAAGCUCGGAAGGUAGGUAUGGAUGGUGGAAAGAGGCGCGUUGACUCCCGAUGCGUCGCCACCGCCGGUGGCAAGGAUAAUCUGAUUAUCGACCAGAUCAUGUUGAAGUACCGUCCGAUCGCUCCGAGGCCGGUUACUGCUGAGAGUUCCGGUCAGUCGUUACGGACGAAGGAUGGGAUGCUUAAGAGGAAGAGAGUGAAGAGGAAGUACGUGAGAGUGAAGAAGAGGAAGAGUAACGCGACUGGGUGUAGUUUGACGAUAAACGAUAACAAAAGCAGCUGGUUCGAUUUGGAGAAAGCUGUUGCGAUGCUCGAGGAUUCCAAAGGAAAUGAGCUUGUUGUUUCAGAUCCGUUGCAGAACGUUUCCAACUGGAUCAGUUUCGAUUUACCUGGUAACAACAGAAAAGGUUUUAUGAAUAAUUUAAUUGAUUCUGCUCCGUCGAAGCAAUUGUCAUCAGAUCUGCAUGGCGUAGAUCUGGCGAUGGCGAUGCAGCAAAGGAAGGUAGUGGAGUCUUGGAUCACUCUGGAAUCGGUUACCGGUACGUGUGAGGAUCGGAGGUUGUUAGGCUACACGGAUGAAGAGAUAUGGAAGAAUCUAGAGAGUGAUAGCUGUCCAGGUUUCAUAUCGAACAGUUUCGAUGAGGUCCUGUGGGUGAAUCCGGCAUACCGGAGGAUGCUGGAUCUGAAUUCAGAAGGUCGAGCACCGGCGACAGAGGUGGCGGUGUGGCUGGGGGUAAAAGUGGAAAAAUCCAUGGUGGUAAAAUACCUGCCAGCUUUCUCAUGCAGAGUCAGAAUUGUAUACCGAUUAUCUGAGAAGAAGACGCAGAUGGUGGUGCCCUGCGACGUCUGCAAGAUGGAUUCCGGUGGCUUUGCAUGGCGGCUGGAUGUCAAAUCUGCCUUGAGUUUGGGGCCAUUGAAUUAAUUAACUAA